AUGGCUAGUCAUCAUCCCAAACCCUCUUCUCAAUCCCCUUCUCCCAAGAAGACAGAAUCUACCGAAUCACCAUUUCCAAAACUUGAAUUGCCUGCCAAAAGCGCAGGAGACAAUGACUGGCACCUCUGGACCGUGGCUAGUCGAGUGAAGACCUCGGUUUCUGCAAAGGUACCAGACGAGACUGCGCCCGAAAAUCCGGAGAAUACCUCAGCCGAAAAAGAUGGUGGAGCAGCCAACAAUGACAUUGACUUGAAUGAAGAUGACCUCAUCAAUUUCUCUGACGAAGAAAUUGAACGAUAUGGACAAUUUGAUGACCCAGUCCAAUCAAAAGAUUCCAAUCCUGUCGGAACGAAUGAAGAAGUCCCUGAAUAA